UAAACCGUCACUGAUCACUGUAUAACCUGUUGAACAUUGAACGAGCACGAUUAUUUUCGGUUUCGCCCAAAUUAAUUUGCAUCUGUGAUAUUGAUUUCUUUGACCAAAUAUAGCGUGCUUAAUUUAUUGUAGCAUCUGCUGCGCCCCUUUUCGGUAGCGAAGAAAUGACUCAUGACACCUGUUGCAAAAAUCAAUUAGAUAUGCAAAUACCAGCGAAGCUAGCGUAACUGAAAAUUGGCGUCGGUUGGAAACGCAGUGGAAAGGAAAGGCAUUUGAUCAAAACUUCAGAUAACUGCAUCGUCACGUUCUAAAAUGACUACCACAUCAUAGAUAUUCGUCGUGUUAUACAUUCUGGAUGUGAUGCACAGCCUUUUAUAAGUGAUAAGUGUGACUUUACGAGGAGAAAUCAUGCAACCAACACAAGGAAAUACUCUCCCAGUCCCACGGGUUCAAUAUGGUGUCAUGUUCUGUUUAUUUACAGUGUUAUUAACACUAUCGGCUGGAGUGGAAGCCCAACUAACGCCAGUUAAUGUUGCACUCAACAAACCAAUUACGGCGCAGAUUACUUGUGGGGAUCCAUCAGAAUCUUUCACUGCUCACAUUGAAAGUUCAAAGUCACCUCAAGAUCGUAUCGGAUCACAAUGUGACGCAGAGAAUCCAUUGCUUGCUCAUCCUCCAGAAUAUAUGGUGGACGUGGAUGAGAAUGUUUCGAUCGGAGAAAACUACACUUGGUGGCAGAGCACCUCCAGAGUUGGGCUGAUAGGAGCAGGAUUCAGUAGCCCUGAAUCAGAGAUCAUCCUGGAUCUGCAAGAGGUACAUUCUGUUGAAAGCAUCAUGAUUCAGAUGGGAGAUUCAGUUCGACCGGGUCAGAUUGGGAUUGAGAAGUCUCCCAAUGGGGUCGACUUCACACAGUUGAUGUACCAAGUAUCAGAUCUGUCAGAAUGCUCGUCAGAUUUUGGUGUCCCUCCCAUCACCGCUGUCAUUGAUUUGAACACAAUCACCUGCACAACUUUCCUGUCCAGUGAACAGCCCAGAAAUCAAAUUAUUACUUUCAGCUUGUCCCCUCCUUCAGAAUUUCUAGAAUGGCAGAGGGCUCGCUUUCUCAAGGUUAACUUCUACAACAUGCAAAGGAGCUUUGGCUUCUUUUCUGAUGAAUUUCAUCACUACACGGUUCGGAACCUUGAGGUAAUGGCACAGUGUGAGUGCAAUGAUCAUGCCACCAGCUGUACUCUUCAACCUUUGACCUCCGACCCCACUAAGAUGACCUACCAGUGCAUCUGUGGUGACAACACUCUGGGUGACACCUGCAACGAGUGUCUGCCAUUUUACAACCAGCUGGCGUAUCAACCGGGCACUGAGGGGUUCGUUUGUGAAGAGUGUAACUGCUUUAGUCACAGUGAUGUGUGUCAGUACAACGAGUCGGUUGCGGCGAUGGGCGGUAGCCUGAAUGCAGCCGGAGAGUACAUAGGGGGUGGUGUUUGCAUGGAUUGCAGGGAUAACACAGCAGGAAUCAACUGUCACCGAUGCGUCCAGUUCUACUUCCGGCCUGCAGGCACACAGCAGUCUGAUGUGGAAGCUUGCCAGGCCUGUGACUGCUUCCUACCAGGGACCAGGGAGGAUCCUAACGUUGGUCUCGUCAACGGAGAGUGUGUCAUGAGUGAUGAUGACACCGCCCCUGCUGGCAUGCUUCCAGGUGACUGCUUCUGUAAGGUCAAUGUUCAAGGGUCAAAGUGUGAUGAAUGCCUACAUGGAUACUACGAUCUCACAGAUGCUAAUACAAAUGGAUGUCUUGGUUGUGACUGCUUCACGGCCGGUACCGUAGGGGGCUCUGAGGUCUGUGCCAAGGACUCCACUGGCCAGUGUCCCUGUAAGGAAUUCACCCAGGGACGACGAUGCGAAGAAUGCCAAGAUGGCUACUACGGCCUGUCAGAUACCAGUCAAGAGGGUUGCUCGAACUGCCAGUGUGAUGUCGGCGGCGCAGAGAACUCUGUCUGUGAUAAGACCGAUGGAGAGUGCACCUGCAGAAGUCGUGUGACUGGUCGUAGGUGUGACAGUGUUGCCUCCAAUGCUUUCUACCCCACACUCCACUUCAUCAACACUGAGUUUGAGUCUAUGGAUAGUCCAUACUGGAAGAGAGAGGUGUCCGGCUUCAGCGGGAUCGGCUACGUGGAGCUGUCUGGUUCGGUCAACACCUCCACUGUUUUGACUGUUCCACCCUCCCAAUUCAAUGGAGAGUUCCGCCUAGUCCUCAGAGCCAUCACAGAAGGCAUCAGCCGAGUGGACUUCACCAUUCAGCCCAUAGGGGAGGGCAGCCAGGGCACUGUGAUGAGGGGCCAGACCACCCUCCCUCUAUGCUCAGGAGUGUGGUGUUAUGAUGGUAUAGUGGAGAACACUGGCCAUCCAGAGCUCGAGGAGCUCUUCAUCCUCACUCCUGGUAGCUGGAGGAUCACUGCUAGCAUCAAUACACAAGGAGGAGCUAAAGUUCUACUUGAUCAACUGGUAGCUAUACCGGUAGAGUACAGCGACCCUCGAUCCCUUCUUGGGAAUGGGCGUGGCAUUGAGUUUGCUACCACCUGUGAUCUUCAGACCAAUAACAUGAGACUUGGUAGCGCAGACGAGUCUUUCUGUCUGGCUAACGUCUUCUCCCUGACGACGUUCUACUUUGACGGGGCACAGGGGUGUGACUGUGACCUUGUGGGUAGCGUGGGGCUAUCUUGCGCCUCCUAUGGGGGUCAAUGCACCUGUAAGGGGGGUAUAGGGGGCCGCACCUGUGACUCGUGUCUCCCAGAAUUCUUCUCAUUCAGGAGCACCGGCUGUACAUCCUGUGACUGUUUUGGAGAUGACAAAGUAUGCGAUAUUACAACUGGUCAGUGUAACUGCCCUCCCAACACUGCUGGACGUCGGUGUGAUCGUUGUGUGACCUUCACAUGGGGACUAAACAGUACUACCGGAUGCAAGGAAUGCCAGUGCAACCCGAUAGGGUCGGUCAGUCUUCAGUGUGACCAGCAGACCGGUCAGUGUCCAUGCAAACCGGGGGUGACCGGUCGGGACUGCUCGAAAUGUCUGCCAGGGUUCAAGGAACUCUCCUCUGAGGGCUGCUCACCAUGUGACUGUGAUGUCUCUGGAAGCCUGAGUGACGUGUGUGACUCCCUUACAGGACAGUGCAUAUGCAAGAGUAAUACUGAGGGUCUGCAGUGCGAUACAUGCGUGGCUGGGUCGUUCUAUAGCAACCCAGCCCAUCCAUCAGGUUGUCUUGACUGUGUGUGUAUGGGAAUCACUGACCAGUGUGAUAGCACUACACAAAGAGCUAUACAGUACACCAUACCCACCAAUGAGGCCACAGUAAACCUGUGGGAAGUCUUCAUCCCCCUAAACAUCCUUGACCCUCCACUGCCAGUCACUGCCAAUGUGAUCGCUAACAGAGACUAUGUAUCUGUCGUACUGAAUGAAGGAGUCGUAGCGUUCUGGAGACUACCCGCAGAUGACUUUUCGGGUAAUCUGCUAGGAGUAUACGAUCAGACAGUGACCUUUGACCUGUCGUACCUCCUGGAAGGGAGUGGUAGUUCUUCUGGCACUGUACCAACAGAAGCUACAAUGUCUAUUCAGAGUCAAGAAGAAGAGCUGAGCUACCAACUCGGCAGCCAAGAGCCUGGGGAUUAUACCACCAUGUCUGUUGGGAUGAGUGAACGGUCAGGCUGGGUGUCCACUGGUACUGGUCAGUCAGUGAGCAGGGCCCAGUUCUUGACUGUUCUCAGCAAUGUCAAUAGCAUCCUUGUCUCUGCUACGCUCAGUUCAGCUGCACAUGCAUCAAGCAUCGGUAGUGUGUCAUACUACAAAUCGACCCCUGCGGACUCACCAAGCUAUGUGCAGACCGCCCCCAGAGCUCUGGCUGUAGAACAGUGCACCUGUGGCCCACAGUAUGCAGGACUCUCCUGUGAGGAAUGUGCCUCAGGUUUCUACCGUGUGAACACCACCUCUCAUUCCUUCUUUGGCGUAUGUGUUGCGUGUGAAUGCAAUGGUCAUAGCUCAACAUGUGACCCCAGUAACGGGCAGUGUUUAGACUGUCAAGACAACACUGGAGGUUUCAACUGUGAAGUGUGUUUAGAUGGCUUCUAUGGUGAUGCUUUGUCGGGUACACCUGAUGCCUGUCAGGCGUGUCCAUGCGGGCCACCCACUGCUCAGUCCAACCUGUGUGCGGACAUUGAUGGGGUCGUGACCUGUCAAGAUUGUUUUCCAGGUCAUCUGAGUCCUCUCUGCAACAUUUGUGAUGACUUCUACUAUGGUCAGCCAGCCAACCCUGGUGGUUUCUGCCAGCUCUGUGAGUGCAACGGUAACACCGACUCCUGUAACUCUUUGACAGGGGAGUGUGUGGGAUGCGGGUUCAGUACGACAGGAUUCAACUGCGAGAGAUGUCAGAACUUCACGUACGGCAACGCCAGCCAGCAGGACUGCCAGGCCUGCAACUGUGACCCCCAGGGGUCAUCUGACCUUCUCUGUGACCACAUAACCAGUCAGUGCCCCUGCCUGCCCGGAGUGGGAGGAACGCGAUGCGAUGCCUGCCUCCCGAACUCCUACGGCUUUGGCGACCCGUCGGGGUGCGUGGAGUGUAACUGCAACGAGUUUGGAUCCCAGGACCUGCAGUGUGAUGGGGGUGGGGUCUGUAGCUGUCUGGCUGGGGUGCUUGGGGUGAAGUGUGAUACCUGUGAGGAUGGGAGCUUUGGACUGCCUGAUCAGUUUUGUAUAGCUUGUGGUUGCGAUGCAACAGGUACCAAUGAUGGUUCUCAGGCUGUUUGUGAUGUCCGCUCGGGCCAGUGUCCCUGUAAAACUGGUAUCACCGGUAGACUGUGUGAUGAAUGUCGUCCAGGUUUCAUCAACUUCAGCUCCGAUGGAUGCACAAAUGAGAAAAUGAGCCAACUGGUUGUCAAAUGUGAUCAAUGUGUGGACACCCUCUACAACUCCACCCGGAUCCUGGAGUCUCUUCACACCCAGCUCCUGUCUCUAGGAGCCUCCAUCCAGGAGCUACAGAGACAGGAUGCUCAGCUCCGCAAUGUGGAACCGAUGGUGGUAGCGACCGGGGAUGCCCUUGACACCCUGAAGGAUCAGUUCACCACUCUGAGAAUACAGAUAGAAGCCAUCGAUAGUGCAGUCUUUGAGAGGAAUGUCACUCUAGUAGCAGAAAGGGCAUCAGAGUUAUCAAGGACAUUGGUCAGCCUCCAGGAGCAGUCGUCCAGCCAGCUUGACCAGAUGACUCUCUACCGGUCAGCGGCCCUGCAGACACUGACCAGUAUCCUCACCGCCAACGCCACUGUCCAAGAGUACUUCACCACGUUGACCAACUACAACUCCAGUGCGGCCAUCUUCGUGUCCGACGCUUUGACCAGGAGGGAUGGUGUGGCUGCUCUGACCGUUGCUGGACAGAUGGAGCUGAUCGAGACAGAACUGGGUAGGAUUAGGAAUGUAACCUUGGAGGCUGAUUCGUUGCUGUCUAUGGUUACGGCACAGGGUCUUGAGUUGAAUCGUCUGGUUAUCCUAGUAGCAUCUGCAGAGUCUCAGCUACAAGCUACUCGACAGUUGCUUUCUCUGACUACCAACGUACUGGAGGCAGUUCAAGUCAUACUGGAUCAAACAGAUACAGUGAUCAACCAUACACAGACCAACCAAGCAUACAGUAACAGACUCUUAGACCAGGCUGAGGCUGAACUUGCUGGGGUCACGCUAAUGUUCAUUGAAGCUACGCAAGCCAUCGGAGACGCAGACCGAGCUCUCCUGGAUGUAAAUGCCAUCUACAUUGGCAGCUCGUCCGGUAACGACGCCCUCCCAAUGGACAUCGAUGUCGACCAGCAAGGGGUCAACGGUUGGGUUGACGGUAACCUCCGGGUCAUAGGUCAGCUUGGGGUCGUGCAGGGCUUACAGGAUAGUCUAGAGUUCACUGUGAGCGCAGCGGAGACCAGGGCUUUGCUUUUGAGUGAGAUGACGCAGGAAUCACUCAGCUACUUCCAAUCCGCAGAACCCCAAGGGCAACUAGCUGUUGACACGGUGAGGAAUUACCGGAGCGUUGUGUCAGCGGUCGAGGAAGCAGAGGCUACCAACCAGAAUGCUACGGACUCCCUGGCAUCAACGCAGGACUACCUCGCCACCAGAACGGUAGCCAUACUCAGCGAGGAGGCACAAAGGUCACUACAACUGAGCAAUGACCUCACGGAUACCAUAGAUGGCAGUAUGACUGAUACUGAAGCUCUUACUGCAUCACUGGAUUCUGCCAACCAAACGUUGCAGUCUGCCAUUGAAUCCUGGGAUACUGUUAGACAGGACGUGUCCAACCUUGAGGCUGAGGUGAACACACUUUUACAGCUAGCUGAAAAUCCUGAAAUACAACCUGCUAUUGAUUCAGGCAUAGAGGCAGCUAAUGAAACGAUUGCCGCAGGGAACUCCAUCUUGGAAAGUACUGCGGCCUUGACAUUGAGACUCGACGAGGAGGAGCAGUCUAUUGUCUUCAUUCAGGACAAUGUCCGUAAUGCAACGACCCUUAUCACUGGUCUACCAAACAGAGUAAGCCAAAUAGAGAGCAACAUUAAUACUCUGAGUACCAACGUGGACACCAUUCUCAAUCUUCAAAACCAGACCAGUAUCCAGCGCUCCGGUAUCAACAACAAGAUUGCAAGUCUCCGGGAGAAGCUCCGUCGAGCCCAGACCACCAUCGCCGACUCUGACCAGCCAGUGCGUCUAGGUCCGCAAAGCCCUCUGACCAUCGUCUCACCAUCCGACACAUUCUCACUGUCCAACGAGAUCCAGCUGGACGUAAAGCCGGAGCAACGGGAUGGAUUGGUCUUUUUCAUGGAGAAUCCAGCGAACAAUGUCUUCAUGAGUAUCGAGAUUAUCGCAAGCCGCGUCAACUUCAAGUUCCGGGUGAAUCGCGAUGUGACGACCGCAGGGCAGGAUGUGGUGACUGUGAGCAGUCCUAUUGAUGUGUGCUGUGGAGAUUGGUACCGCAUACUUGCUACAAGGUAUGCUGAUGGGGGUGAGCUAACCGUAACACUGCUCUCUACUGGCGGGUCUUCUACUGACUAUGCAAGGAGUUUAUCGGUCUAUAACAGAUUCCUGAUACUCCAAGAAACCUCAACGUUCUUCAUCGGUGGUAUCCCUUCAGAUUUUCAAACUGAUGAAAUCUUGAGCAAUGACUUUGAAGGAUGUAUUGGAAGUGUGACCUUUGAUGGUCAAAAGCUUGACCUUUGGCGACCUACCAGUCAGGAGGGGUCACAAUCAUGCUGUGGGUCACCAGUGACCGUUCCAGAGCCAGAGGUCAUCUACAUUCCAGGGGUCAGCUUUGAUGGUUCUGGAUAUUACAGGGUUCCUAAGGAUGAAUUUGAAGUGUUUGAUCAGAGUAAGGUAACUCUAGAAUUCAGGACAGUGCUGAAAGAGGGCGUGCUAUUCGUUGUCACUCGACCAGACCUCAUUUCUUUCAUGGGCAUCUUCAUUGUUGAUGGUCAGGUGAUCUUUGAAAUGAACACAGCAGGGAAUGCCAGGUAUUCUGUGCCGAGUGUCAGAGCGUACGAUGAUGGGCAGUGGUAUCAGGUGACGACUAGCUUCAACAGUUCUCACUACAGCUUAGAGCUUCGCUAUGCCAAUGAAACUAGCAGCUUACUUGAGGCAUCGACCAGGCGUACCCUGGCAGCCCUCUCCUUUCCCAAUCUCCAGUUCUCUCCAAAGAUCUUUGUAGGCGGAGCAGAUCCAGUCCAGCAAAGCAACAUCAGACGUGGGCCAACGAAGCUUAGCUUUGCAGGAAACAUGCGGAACGUUGCCUUGUCUAACAGUACCUCCAUUGAGCUAGUCCCAAGAGAAAUCACAAACACAUCUAGUUUCCCAUACCAAGGCGUCUCAUUCAACGAAUACCCUCAAGAGGUUGUACCAGGCAUCAGUUUUGAUGGAGACUUUGCUUACAUGUCGCUCAGCACUUCAGUCUUUUCACAAAGUAUAGAGACUGUUCAGCUUCGAUUCACGACCACCCAGCCACAUGGUCUGCUCCUAUACAGCUAUGAUACCGUCGGCUUUAACAAGCUGUUAUAUGUAGCCAUGUACCAUGGGAAUAUCUUCGUGCAGUAUAACCUUGGUAACGGUUUAUCAGACCCAGUGCAGACGAGAGGACUUAAACUCAAUACAGGCCAGUGGCAAGAUGUCACCAUCUCAUUCAAUGGACUCACUGCGUCACUCAAAGUGAACGACCUGCCGGUGGUAUACGGAGCUGUACAGCUGACAAGUGCAAGCAUCGACAUAGAGGGCCUGCUGUUCAUCGGCGGCCUAACGGCGAGCAUCCCCAACCUGAUCGGUGGAGACUUUCCUGUUCGUCGGUCCCUGCAGGGAGACAUGGUCGACCUCCUUAUCAAUGACAUAUCACCCAACUUCAACGACCCAAACACCGUACUCGGCUACCUGGGAGUGACCCUGACAGGAGUGCAACCCGAGGUCAUGACCCUUCCACCACUCCCCUACUCCACCCCACCCGCACCCACUGACGAUGGCUUGCCAAGGUCCUGUGCUAGCCCCACCCAGGUGAUGACGUACCCCUCGGCCCUGGGGGUGGUGAGGUUUGGCUUGACGAGUCAGAGUUAUCUCGGUAUCGGACUCAACAGUGAGCAGAGGAAGUACUUUGAAUCAACGUUUGUCCUCACAUUCCAAUUCCGUGCCCUGUCUCCCGAUGGCAUCCUGCUGUACCUUGCCAACGAUUAUGCCAGACCGAAUCAGUUCUUGGCUCUGAUCAUGAUGAAUGGUUACCUGAAUCUAAUCAUCGUGGAUCAGACGAGAACCACCGUUCAAGCUACCACUGCCUUCCAGUACAACGAUGCUCAGUGGAGAACGAUAACCAUUCUGAAGAUCAACGGGUUCGUUGUCCUCUUUGUAGAAGAAUCCAAGGAUUACAUUGGUCUUAACCAUGGCCAGAUUAGCAACCAGAUGGCAAGACUUGCAGUAGAGACGUCUCUCUUUGUCGGUGGCCUCGGACCUCAAGUUCAAGAGGGAAGUCAUCCACUGAACCGCGCUUUGGGGAGUUUCAAUGGCUGUAUCCGAGACUUGGUUAUAAGUACAGAGACCUUGACUGAGGUCCCGAUACCACUCAAUUCUCCAGGUGACGACUCUGCUAACCUUACACAAUGUCGGGUUAACCCAAUUGGUAGAGGAGGUCACUUUGAUGGCAGCGGAUGGCUUCUUCUAAAUUCGACCUAUACUUUGGUCAGUCCUUGGUCAGUUUCAUUGACCAUUACCACCACUGACGAGAACGCUUUGUUACUAGCCCUCGCUGCUGACCUUCAAAACUUUAUCACCUUAGAGAUAGUGGAUGGAACGGCCAGAGCAGUGGUUGGUCUUGGUACCUCUACGUCCGUCAUCCUACGGUCAACUCAGUUGUCCAGUGGAUACGAUCUCUGCGAUGGUAACCCCCACACCAUCCGACUGACCGUUCGUAGGGGUCGGAUUGAGAUGACCAUUGAUGAGAACCCAACGGACAGUCUAACGGUCAGCAGCCAGACGUUUGCGGUCAUCAAUAAUAGACUGCUAUACAUCGGAGGAAUCUCUGAUGCUGCUAACAUUCCGCUUGUUCCCGGCAUCAUCAGAACCCCAUUCAAUGGCUGCUUGUCAUCACUGGUGAUCAACGAUGUCUCCAUCGACUUUCAGACUCAUGAAGAGAGUAGUGGCUACACUGCCGGAUGCCCAAGGCCCAUUCCGUAAAAGAACAAACAGGGCCCCAUUGCAUGAAACUUACAAUUGAUGGUAACUUUGCCAUCAAUGGCAACACUACCAUGGUAACAGGGCUCAACAGCCAAUCAAAAUCAAGGUUUCCAUGGUAGUUACCAUUGAUGGCAAAGUAACCAUCGAUGGUGAGUUUUGUGCAAAAGGGCCCCGAAGAGCCAUAAAUCUGUUGUCAGAUGACAUGUGGAAAUGGAGUUUGAUAUUUCUUAACCCCAACACUUUUAUUUCUUUAUUCCUUUAUUCGGUUGCUUUUAGUUUUUUUUUCUGUACUACCAGAAUGAAAUCCAUUUUGCAUGAAUUCUAAAUGCCAGACUUACCUGUGUUUAGUCAAAUGAUUUCCUUUACUGUGUUUUUAUUGCAGUGUACAAAUAGCGGCUUUAUGCCUUAUCCUUCAAGCUUCUUUAUAAGAGAUUUUUGUGGAGCUUCUUAUCAUUUUAAUAGAUUGUUGUUUAGCCUGGUCAAAGAAAAUCAUGUGCAUUUUGCCAUUAAUGCUAAAUGGAAAUAUUUAUGAGAUAAAGGCUGAAUUUUUAACACAUACUGACUGCUGGUUGAAAGCAACAAUUCCCAGUUUUGUCUCUUGAGAGCCAGAAGGGCGUUAACCGCUUACAAUUUUACAGACUUUAACACCCUCCUGCCUCUCAAUAGAUGGUUUAAUCAUUAUUGUAUUCUUGUGUAUGUGGGGUGUCUGUGAUCAGAUUUGUAUACAACCAUUCACUUUGUUACAACCUUGCCUAAGGAUAGAUUUGAAUAGAUUUGAAAUAUUUAUCAUGUGUUAUCAUUCCAUAUUCGAAACACUGGUAGAUGUAUAAAGUAAUGUAUAAGUAAAUUGUGACAUAAAUUAAAUUACCUGUUCUUACCCAAAGUGGUAUUAACACGGAAAUGUAUUACAUGAAAGAAAGAAAAAUAGAAUGUACAGAAAGCAGUAUUGAGGGAUAAAUGAUAGAGUUAUAAUACAUCAUGGUUUUAUAGAUUAUGCUGGGAAAAUGUCUCAGUGAAGAAAGGAGAUAUCUGGAGGGAGAGACAGAGAGAGAGAAGGAAAGGGGGGGGGGGAGUUAAAUGAUAAAGUUAUAAUAAAUCAUGGUUUGAUAGAUUAUUCUGUGAAAUGUCUCGGUAUAGAGAAAAGGGAAAUAUCUAAAGGGAGAGUGGGAGACAGAGAGGGAGAGAGAAAGGAGGGGGAUAACUGAUAUAUUUAUAAUAAAUCAUGGUUUGAUAGAUUAUUCUGUGAAAUGUCUCGGUGGAGAAAAGUGAAAUCUCUGUAUGGAGAGAGAGAGAGAGAGAAAGGGGAGGGGGAGGGGGUGUAAUAUGAGAAGUAAUUAGAGACAUAAUAUACAUGUAUGUUAAUAUAAUUAUUAGAUAUGAUAUGUUUAUAAUGAGUAUUCAAUCAUGUCAUUAAUAUAUGAUACUAGUAUUCUUCCUGUGUUUCACUUCACCUUGAACAAUAUACUGUGACCUUGAAUUUUAUAUUCCGCAAACAAAACCUUGAUAAAUUAUGUCUUUCAUCUUGAGAAGCAGAAGUAAUAUCUAUUUGUAUACGCUAUUUUGUUAGUGUGCUGUAAUAUCUAUUUUCUUUCUACGCUGAAUAAAAUAUCUUUGAGCAAACAA